GGGGAAGAUGGCGGACUCUGUAGCGGCUGGGCUCGGGGACGAAAAUGAUACCGAAAACGAGGAUAAGGAGAGAGAGAAACUGCUCACCAACAAGACGAAAAAACAUAUCGGCGCUUCGGAGGUUACGGAAACGCUGGGAUUUUAUGAGAGAAAGGCGAAAUGUAAAGAAAGAAAGAGCAAUGUGUCUGAUCUCUCUCUGGUGAGGUUUAUUAGUGCUGAGCUGACGAGAGGGUAUUUUCUGGAACACAAUGAGGCCAAAUACACAGAGCGGAGAGAGAGGGUCUACACCUGCUUGCGGAUUCCCAAAGAACUGGAGAAGCUGAUGAUCUUUGGGUUUUUCCUGUGUCUGGAUGUGUUUCUUUAUGUGUUCACACUGCUGCCUCUCAGAGUUCUGUUGGCCCUGAUCAGACUGCUGACACUGCCCUGCUGCGGCCUCAGUGGAUCACGUAUCUUGCAGCCUGCUCAGGUGUGUGAUGUUCUCAAGGGCAUCAUCAUGGUUUUGUGUUACUUCAUGAUGCAUUAUGUGGAUUAUGCCAUGAUGUACCAUCUGAUCCGGGGUCAGUCUGUCAUCAAACUCUACAUCAUCUACAACAUGUUGGAGGUGGCGGAUCGCUUGUUUUCAUCUUUUGGUCAGGAUAUUCUGGAUGCUUUAUACUGGACUGCAACAGAACCUAAAGAGAGAAAGCGAGCACAUAUAGGAGUGAUCCCACACUUCUUUAUGGCUGUUCUCUAUGUCUUUCUGCAUGCCAUCCUGAUCAUGGUCCAGGCCACCACACUGAACGUGGCUUUCAACUCACACAACAAGUCACUUCUCACCAUCAUGAUGUCAAAUAAUUUUGUUGAGAUCAAAGGAAGCGUAUUUAAGAAAUUUGAGAAAAACAACCUCUUUCAGAUGUCCAACAGUGACAUUAAAGAAAGAUUUACAAACUACACCCUCCUUCUGAUUGUCUGUCUCAGAAACAUGGAGCAGUUCUCCUGGAAUCCAGAUCAUCUGUGGGUGUUGUUUCCUGACGUCUGCAUGGUCAUCGCCUCUGAGAUCGCAGUGGAUGUUGUCAAACAUGCCUUCAUCACCAAGUUUAAUGACAUCACAGCAGAUGUCUACAGUGAAUACAGAGCCAGUCUGGCCUUUGAUUUGGUCAGCAGCAGACAGAAAAAUGCUUACACAGACUACAGUGACAGUGUGUCGAGGAGGAUGGGUUUCAUUCCACUUCCUCUUGCUCUACUGCUGAUCCGGGUGGUGACCAGCUCGGUGAAGAUCCAGGGCUCUCUGUCCAUUGUUUGCGUGGUGCUCUUCUAUCUGGGUAUGAUCACUCUGAAGGUGCUGAAUAGUAUUGUGUUGUUGGGAAAAUCCUGUAUGUAUGUGAAGGAGGCAAACAUGGAGGAAAAGUUAUUUCAGAAUCCCCCCUCAGCCACACCCAGCAGGGUGUCCAGCAGAGCCCACCGAACCAAACACACACAAGAACCAUCAGGUGAGCCAGUCGAGGAGGGCAUGUCUGCAUCAGUUACAACUCAGCCCACCCACAGGGACAAAAGCCCCGCCCCUCAACUCCCCACCAGCGAAUCAGAUCAGUUCCUCACUACACCAGAUGAAUCUGAGGAAAAAAGCCUUAUUCAAGAGGAAACUGAACUUAAACACAGAGCUCCCAAAAAUGACUUGCUGGAGAUCGAUCGCUUCACUAUCUGCGGUAACCGUAUUGACUGACAUAAACACACACCCUCAAGUUUGAGAGUGAUUUCAGGUUAUGCACUGAAAUGCCCGUCCCUCUCUGCCAGCUAGAUCUGUUUGACCUUUGAACCUGAGCUCAUCGGAAUUGGGCAGCGUGAAACUGCAGGAUAUUUAUUGAAAAGUGAUGCACCUAAUUUAUUUAAGACUUUGAAUCAAACACACACAUACAUCACACACAUCAUGACACAGUCUUAACUUUCUGGACUCCACCCAGUUAAGUAACAUCACCAGCGGUGGUCACCUUUGGAUGGCAGAGGAGGUCUUAGACCAGUAGUCACUGUGCUUUUCUGUCAUGAGGGUCUCGAAUGAAUAUGAUGAGAGAAAUGGAUGGAUUGUGUUCUGGAAAUAGAUUGGAGUAUUCAGAUACUCCAAAUGUAUCUGCAGGUCAGAGACAAAGGUCCAAGCUGGAGUGGGAAAUACAAAUUUUUCCCCUUCAUUUUGUCUGCUAUUCUGUCUUAUGCCUUCAACUUUCUAAUACAUAUUCCCUCAAAAAAGAUUAGGUUUUGAAUAUACAUAAAAAAUAAAUUGCCACUGAUAUUGGGAGCAGAUGCUGAAUAGUCAAUUAACAUUCCGAUAUGUAAGAAUCUUGACCAAAGCUAAACAGAAAAUGUACAUUUUUGCAAAUAUCUUAUGUGUAACAGCGUACGGCAUAUACUGACCUCAGAAAACAAGUUUGAGUCGGGUUAUGAGUGACAAUUAUGUAAACGUGUAAAUCUCAACCUAACAGUAGCCAAAAUAGUCAGUGUUAAAAAUUGCAUAAUAAUCUCUUUUUGAACCAGUCCCCAUGAGUGAAAGUCUUUAAACAUUGAUUACAGAUCAUGUAGUGCUUAUAGAAAACAAUUGAGUAGAAUAUCAUCAUAUUAUGAAGACAUUUCAGAUCCUCAUUUACACUUAAUACUACACUAACUGCUAUAAUACAACUAGUUUUUAUUCACAUGCAUAUUUGCAUACAAUAAUAGGGCAUCAACAGUGGCCAUCUGUAUGGAGGUGCCUUAUCUUUUGGUUUUAUGUGUAAUUUAGAAUUCCCAUUAAGUGACAUUAUAGAAUAUGCCAAGGAAUUCUUUAUGCUCAGUUUCCCACAUGAAUGCAAACUCUUUUGAACAAUGAGUCACGCUCACUUAAACUGCCAAAAUUCUAUGUAUGAGGAUCUCUUUUUUACUUAUGCUUAUGUUGAAACCGCUUAAGAUUUCUUGAAGUAAACAGUAAAUAUACAGUUAUAAUUGAUAUGUGAUUACAUGGCAUGGAUGGAAGUAGAUGCAGUCACAUUACAACUGCCUGUGCAUUACCACAGAUAAAAUCAUCCAGUAACUCUUGAAGGGAAAAUGACCUCAAUCCAAUGUAUUUUCAACUAACUGAAUUGUUUUAUUCCCACUGCUUUCCUCUUUGACAAUAUUGUUCCACAGUCUAUUUUCCCUGUGUGUUUAUGUACCUAUAUUGACUUCGAAGCAUUCAAGGUUCUUACAGAUUCAUGUUUCCUGUAGAAACUGAAAAGAAAUUACAAUGUCACAUCCCUUACAUGGGAUGUUUCAGAGACAGAACUGGGGAGAGGAAUCGGGCGUUGUGUUAAUUAAAGUUUUUUUGUUUUGUA